GCACUAAAUGCAUCCAUUGCCGUUCCGUAAGGAGAACAUUGGGCAAAGUCUUGGGCGCUCCGUGCUGUAUAUAUGUAUACAUAUGUAGAUUAGUCCAUUGGAAGCCCCAUAGUUUCAUUGAGGUGAGAAAGAAUUCCAAAACACUUCACAUGCUAUUCGGUUCUUCGCGACGGUUUGGAGGUCGUCUAGGAGGUCGUCUAUGUCGCCGAUGGUAUGGAUGACCACAAGUAUGAAAACGCGUGGAGUUCGCGCUGUCGUCAAUCCCGUCUGAAUCCCGUCCCCAAUUCCAUCGUCUCCGACAUCGUCUCCGAGAGUGAAUCUGCCCACCAUGGCGUUCACAACCGGCCACAUGUCGACCUCCAAGCUCUCCUUCAAGCGCAAACGACCGCUCUCGCCACCUCCAGCGCCAGCUCCCCCACCGCAGCAUCGCGCCUCAAAGUCUCAACCUACCGAUCAUUUCCGCCCUCUCAAAAAGGAACCACUCUGGAACGACGGAAAGAAUAAAACCCAGUUCGCGCCGCAAUCUAGCUCAAAGAUACCCAAAUCCAGCUACUACAAACCCAUCCCGACUUCCGACUUCGGCGACGACUUCAUCUCCAUCAAAGAAGAAAAAGAAUCUCUCUGGAGCGAUGUAAAGGACGAAUCCGAACAGCAGGACUCCCGCCAAGCUGAAUGGGCGGCCUGGAGCGGCGCGGUUCCGAAACGUUGGCAGAAUUACGAUACAUGGGCAGACGGGAUACGCGAAGGGAUGGAGGUGAAACGUGAGAAAGGGCCGAGGAACCGUUACGCACGCCGCCGAACGGAAGGGGAAAAAAGUUGGGGAAGGGGAACGAAAGAAGAACUACACCAAAGGAGGAAGGGAAAAGCCCAACGCAAAGCCGCGGACGCCUUGAGGGAUCCGAAUUCCUUCGCAUCGCGCCUAACUGACGGCCGACAGAAAUAUCGCUCGCGAUGGACCACCCUCAAAGCCGCUCCGCCAAACACUCUCGACGACCGAGACCUGCCGAUCCCUUCCUUAAGCCAGGAUAAAAUCACUGCCAACAGCAUACACCAGUUCCUGUUUGAAGGCUGCGAAUUCACAAGGGACGAGAAGAGGAAGAUGGUGAAGGAUAGUCUGUUGCUUUGGCAUCCGGAUAAGUUUGGGAAGAUGUUGGAGGCUUUCAAGGAGGAGAAGAGAACAAGGGUUGCAUGGGUUGCGCAGGAGUUGUCGAAGGCGUUGACGGAAUUGUAUGGGACGUUUGGGUGAUGCGAUUGGAAAAGCUUUACGGGGUUGCAGGAGUUAGGACUUCUUUGUGUGAAGCGUGUCGGCGAGACAUAAGAUAUACCCGAAAGUGCUUUCGAGUGGCUUCCAGCACGCAUCUCUCUUAUGUAUUCAGCG